AUGGAUCUCCAAACGGGUAUAUCAGAUAUCACAGAGGUGCGAGGCGGGGGUGACCCUCAGUCGCCAUUACUCUUUUGUUUUAGUAAUGGCGACGUUCUUAGCUCGAUGUUUGCGCACGCUCUCAGCUCGAAAGUGUUAGUGGGGGUCCCUUUGGGAUCGUUUGGGAGGAGAUGCAAUCUGCACUACGCGGACGAUCUUCUGAUUCUGACUGCUGGUGGGUGUGAGGACCUCAGGAUUAUCAAGCUGAUCCUCUAUUUAUUUGAAGGGAUGUCUGGACUUGAAACGAAUUUUUCAAAAACAUGCCUUUUCUCUAGUCAACCUGGUGUGCUGCCUAGUCAUGCGGUUGUAGAUACCUUGCAGUGCAAGGUGGGCUUACUACCAGUUGUUUACUUGGGUAUUCCAAUAUCUGGUAGAAGACCGCGCAAGCAGGAUUGGGAAGGGGUCAUUCUCAAGGUUCGAAAAAGGUUGGCGGCUUGGAAAUUGCAACAUUUGUCUUUAGGUGGUCGCCUCAUUCUUGUGAAUUCGGUGUUAUCGGCUAUCCCAACUUACUGGAUGUCCAUUUUCCGUUUACCUGGUUGGGUAGUUAAAGGUAUUGAUCGCAUUAGAAGGGACUUUCUCUGGUCAGGGCCUGAUAUUAAUCAUCCGGGUUGUCGGCGGUUUCUUUGGAAAAAAUCUACGUCGACCUCGGGAUCAGGGGGGUUGGGGGAUUCUGGACCUGGAUUGCUUCAAUAA